UGCGCGCCAGUGACGUGCCCCAUUCCUAGCUGAAUGACUGUUUUAUUUACUGCCCGUCAGAAGGCGACACAGUGCUCGGCUAUUACUGCAUUAUAUUAUUGUUUUUUUUUUAAUCAAACGCUAAGCCAAAAUACUGCAACCAAUAAGUGCUGUGUUUUCUGUUAUUUGUUCCAAAGUGCAUAUCAUAGUUUAGUGUAGAGUCCCCGCCCUCCCACGCUCCAAAGCCAGACACGCGCUUGCCUUGUCCUCCUCCACCUCCGCCUCCAUCUUCCCCUACGCUUACGCUUAUAGUUUCGUCGACCCCUGGCCGUGGAAGUCCCCCCCGCCCAGGUGCAGUGGCAGUGGCAGUGGCAGCGGCAACGCAAUAGCAGCGCUUUAUCGAUUUCACCGCAAGAUUUUCCAAAAACGGCUACAAACUGCAGGCGCCCGCGUAUCCCCCGCGAUAUAAUGGAAGUGUCCUCCGAUCCGUAUGAACAGAAACUGUAUCAGAUGUUCCAGAGCUGCGAGACAACCCACUGCGGCCUGCUGGACGAGACCUCGCUGCUGAAGCUCUGCUCCCUGUUGGAGCUGCGCGACCAGGGGGCGGCAUUGAUUACCAGCCUUGCCGCCAGCUGUGGCGCCCACGAAUUUGGUGUAUCCUUCGGGCAAUUCAAGGAGGCGCUACUCAAUUUUCUUGGCGCAGAAUUCGACAGCAGCACAGCGUCCCCGGGAUUUAUGGAGCGCUCUCUGGUCAUCAGUGAUGAGCCCCUGGCCAGCACAUAUAUUGAAAGUCCACCCGAAUCCUCGGAUCGCGAGGUCUCACCGAAACUGAUUGUGGGAACGAAGAAAUACGGACGCCGCUCCAGGCCACAUCAGGGUGGAGGGCUCUGUGAGCUGUCGGUGACGGACUCGGACAAUACGGAUGAGGAUCAGCAACAGAAGCAGCAAAGGAGUCUCAAUGGCUGCGAUGAUCUGAGCGUACAGGUCCAUCGGUCAUCCUCACAGAGCGAUCUCCCGGGCAGCCGGCGACUGCGUUCCGUCCACACCAGCGGCAGCAAGCUGAAGCGUUGCGCCUCGCUGCCCGCCCGCAAGAAUCUGCAAUCGAAGUUGGGUGCAACAGCAGGAGUGGGUGUGACAUCUCCCACGGCGGCCAGCAAGCUGAAACAGUUGGCCAAACAGAAUCAGAAUCAGCAGCAAAACAGCAGCAGCGUCGAAUCUCUGGGCACCCACCUGCUGCCAGCCACCGCCACCGCACCGGCGUAUGAGCACGGGAGAUGCUAUCACGGCGGCCGUUUGUUCUGCUGCAAAGACAUCGUGACGCCACAGCAGCUGGAGAUGAUUGGUGCGGAGAGCAUAAUCGAUGCCUGGGAUCAGGCCAACAUCGUUAACAGUCGCGCCCUGCUGCAUGCCCUGGGCUUCGACGAGGAGGAGGUCAAUCUGAUGCAGCUGACCAAAGUGUUGGAGGAGGAGUCCCGCAGUCCCAUGGACCGGGAUCCGCACACGAAUACGCUGCGUGCCUUAGUGGCCCUGCAGUCGUCGGAGCUGGCCAACUAUCGGCGAGCCUAUCGCCAGCAGCACGAGGAGAACCUUAAGCUGCGCUCCGACAAUAAGGCAGCCAACCAGAGGGUGGCUUUGCUCGCCGCCGAGGUGGACGAGCGGCAUGCCACGCUCGAGGAUAACUCCAAGCAGCAGGUGCAACAGCUAGAGCAGCGGCAUGCGAGCAUGGUGCGUGAACUGACGCUGCGGAUGAGCAACGAUCGCGAUCACUGGACGGCCAUGACGGGGAAGCUGGAGGCGCAGCUAAAGAACCUCGAACAGGAGGAGAUCAAGCUCAAGACGGAGCUGGAACUAGUGCGCAUCGAGAACGCCGAACUGGAGGGGGAGCAGCAGAAGGCGCAUCUGCAAAUGACUGAUCUGCUCGAGCAGAACAUCAAGCUGAACAACGAGCUGUCGGGUCGUCAUCAACAUGGCAGCAGCAGUCCCGAGCACAGUCCGCAAAGCGGACGACGCGAUAGCGUCGACAAGGCGGCCGCGGACGAGGAGGAGAUGCUGCAGCUGAUGGAGAAGUUGGCCGCCCUCCAAAUGGAGAAUGCCCAGCUGCGCGAUAAGACUGACGAGCUGACCAUCGAAGUUGAGAGCUUGACUCUGGAAUUGACGCGCAUUAAGACCAGAAACAAGAAGCAGGACCAAGACUCAGAGGCAGCGGCCGGUGGUGUGGCGGCCACAAAGCGACGCGGCGACUCCCCCAGCAAGACGCAUAUCACCGAGGAGAGUCCGCGUCUGGGUAAGCAGCGCAAGUGCACCGAUGGGACUGGGGGCACUGGUGGCGGCGACUUAAGCGACAAUAGCAACAGCAACAGCGGCGAUUGGCUGGCACUCAACUCGGAGUUGCAGCGUAGCAAGAGCCACGACGAGGAGCUGGCCAGCCUGAAGCAACGCAUUGCAGAAUUGGAGGAGAAGUUGCAGGCGGCCACAGCCACAGGAGCCGCACCAGACAGCCGCUGCAAGGAGCUGGAGGGCAGUCUGGAGCAGAUGCAGCGCGCAUAUGAGGAAUGCGAGGAUUAUUGGCAAUCGAAGUUGGGCGAAGAGCGUCAGAUGUUCGAGAAGGAGCGCCAGAUCUACGAGGAUGAGCAGCAGGAGAGCGACAAAAAAUUCACCGAGCUGAUGGAGAAGGUGCGCGAAUACGAGGAGCAGUUCAGCAAGGAUGGCCGCCUCUCGCCCAUCGAUGAGCGCGACAUGCUCGAGCAGCAGUACACCGAACUGGAGGCCGAGGCCGCCCAGCUACGUUCCAGCACCGUGCGCAUGCUGGAGGAGAAGUCCCAGGAGAUUGGUACGCUGCAAUGCGAGAUCGAGGAUCUGCGGCAACGACUCGGCGAGAGCGUGGAGAUCCUUACCGGUGCCUGCGAACUGAAUUCGGAAUCGAUUGCCCAACUGAGCGCCGAUGCGGGCAAGAGUCCGGCCAGCUCCCCCAUCAGCUACCUCUGGCUGCAGAGCACCAUCCAGGAGCCGGCCAAGACUUUCGGACAAACAGCAGGGCCAGCAGAUGAAACCAGUGGCGGCAGUGCUCUCGAUAUGUUGGGUGGCUCACCUUCGCACAAGGCGACCAGUCGGAACAACCUCACCACUUCGGAAACAUCCAUCUUUAGUACGACACCGUUUGACAGCACAUCGUCGGGUGGGUCGCCCACAAACAGUGGAUCAUCAUCUUCUGCGCAACCGGGGCCGUCCGGACCGGCACCAAUCAGCAAACCCAAGCGGUCGCAGAGCCCCCAGCAGGCGCAGUCGGAGGGAGAGAUAGCCGAUUGCGAGACCUCAUCGACGGCAUCCAACAAGAGCUUCGAUACGCACAGCGUGGUGUCCAACAGCAAGGCUUCGUGCCGCAGCCACGAGAAGUGCAGCAGUCCCAAUGUACUGAAGGAGGAGCUGAAGCGCCUCAAGUUCUUUGAGCUGUCGCUGAAGGAGCAGAUCAAGGAUUUGAGCCUGCAACGUGACGGUUUGGUCAUGGAACUGCAACAGUUGCAGGAGGCGAGACCUGUACUCGAGAAGGCCUAUGCGCGAACCACGCAUCCAACGCUUCAGCAGCGACUGAACCAACUGGAGCUGCGAAAUCGCCAUCUGCAAAAUGUGAUCAAGCAGCAGCAGCAAUACACCGAGUCCCUGAUGCAGCAAUCCUGGCGUCAGCAUCAAGUGGAGCUCAACGAUUUGCAUGGCCGCAUCGAGGCGCAGGGCGUUAUGCUGGCCGAUCAGACGCAACGUCUGCAGAAUGCCGAUAUUCUUGUCAAGGAUCUGUAUGUGGAGAAUUCGCAUCUGACCGCCACCGUGCAGCGCUUGGAGCAGCAGCGUGCGCGCGUGAACCUAAUACACCAACAGCAGCAGCAGCAGCAACAGCAGCAGCAGCAGCGUCUAGUUGGUGCCGCCCUCGGCGGAUUGCCAGGCAUGCCUUAGUCGACACAAGAAGACAACCAAUCAACCAAUCAAUAGAGAGACAUCGAACUUGAACUCAUGCACUCCGUAUGCAGCGUAUCGUUAUGAAUGUUAUAUAUAUAUAGACUUAAUUUAGUAUCUGUUUUUUCGUGCUGCAUUGUCGUUUGUAAAUGAAUGUUGUUUGACACGAAAGAGGCACAGCACACGUAAAUAGUUUUUAGAGUUGUUUAGUUGUUUAGAGUUAUUGUAUUUGGUUUUGUUUUUGUCGAUCUGCUGUGCCUCUUUGUGACACGAAAGAGCCACAGCACAUCGACAAAAACAAGAAAAAAUACAAUAUCUCUAAACAAGUAACUAAAAAACUCACCCACGCGCAAAGAGGAACAAUCUCCACACACUAAUGUACCAAUUUGUAACACAAUAAUCGACAUAAACUAAACGGAGAAACUAUUUACGUGCGCGCGCGUAUUCGUUUAAUAUACAAUAUAUAGAUAUCGCUAUAUAUUCUACUGCAAUGUUGACCUUAAUAAUUGACUACGCAAAAAUAGUUAACGUCUAUUAACUUAUAAUUAUAUUAGAAGAAAGAACAAAAGAACAGUAUUUUAAAAUUGUUAUGCGUCUGAGAGAGAGUAGGCAAGCCACGUUUAUCAAAUGUUUAUCACGUGCCCAAUCCAAAUGCAUCGGAAUUGUUGUUAAUUUUAUUGGUAGAACAAACAAACAAACAAACAAAAUGAUCUAUGAUAUUGAUAUAAUAUGUAACGAAAAAAGACCUGUACAUCUGUAAUCCAUACCACACCUUAUCUUAUACACAAUUGAAUGUAUUUUGUAUUUAUGCGAUUUAAGUUAGCCAAUACUCUUCGAUUGCUUUUGCGAACGCGAACAUUUUGUUAAACAUUUUUCAAUCGCACCCGCGGUUUAUCUGUAGGGGAAUGCAAUAUCCCCCUUAUCUAACUAUGUAAUACAUAUUUCGAUUCAACACAUUAGUAAAUAUUAUGUAUGCAUGGCAUGUGUGGUCAACGCUGCUUAACCCAA